AUGGAGGCAGUACUUCAGUUCUUGUGGGGCAACGCCUCCUCAAUCAUGCAACUUCGAACUUCUCACGCCUUGACCGCCAUCUCGGCGCUGGGGAAUCUUGUCGUCCAAGAUACCAAUGCUUUAGCCAGCACGAGGAUCGAGACAAAGCACGGAGUGGUCAAUGGUUUCACAGACCCUUCGGCACCUUCGGUUGCGCAGUUCCUCGGGAUCCCUUAUGGCGAGCCUCCUGUUGAUCAGCAGCGAUGGCUUCCAGCCCAGCCAAAGCAGGCCUUCGGAAACUUGAACGCGUCAACUCAGGGCCCCUCUUGCCCCCAGACCGAUCCGCCAGCAGGCGGUGGUGCUUGGGCUGCCGAGUUCCUCAUCAGACCGAACAGCACCAGUGAAGACUGUCUCUACCUAAACGUCUGGACGCCUUUCAACGUUGAAUCACCGACUAGUGAGCUUCUUCCGGUAGUUGUAUGGAUCCACGGAGGAGGUUUUGUCGAGAGAAAGGGAGGAGGUGAUAUUGCCUACCAGAUUCCUACACAGUGGGUACAGCGAAGUCAGAGGCAUAUAGUUGUUGGCAUCAACUACCGCCUUGGACUCUUUGGAUUCCCUAACGCCGCAGGCCUCGAUCCCAAGGAACAGAAUCUUGGACUCUUGGACCAACGAUUAGCAGUUGAAUGGGUGCGGGACAAUAUCGCUCAGUUUGGUGGCGAUCCAGAGCGGGUCGCUCUCUGGGGUCAGAGUGCUGGCGCCGCAUCGGUGUCCUACUACCAAUACGCAUACGCUGAUGACCCCAUCGCCGCUGCCUUCAUCAAAAACUCCGGUUCUCCGUUCAUCCCCAUCGGAAGCGCUGACACGACGCAUUCCAGCUUUUCAUCGCUGGCGGCUGGGCUGGGGUGCCAAGGAGACGACGAGCUGGGUUGUCUCAGAAAGGUUCCUUUCCGAGAUAUCCAGAAGUAUCUCAACCAGGUCGGAAACCUAACUUUCAACGUCGUUGUGGACGAAAGAACCAAAUUCUCGGACUAUACAGAGAGAACACUCAGUGGCAAGGUUGCAAAAGGCCCUGCGAUUGUUGGCUCGACCCGAGAUGAGUGGAACUUUAAUUCUAACGCUCCAGCUCCGCCGUCCGACGGUACCAAUAGCGUCCCUGCUGAUAACCUGUUCGGGUGUCCGGCGCACUACGAGACCGGUCUCCGCAACAUAGCCGGCCUCCAGACAUGGCGAUACAUGUACUCGAGCAAUUUCACCAACAUCAUGCCUGGAGGCCAGGGAGCAUUCCACUCCGCGGAGCUGCCUCUCAUCUUUGGGACGCAUGAUAUUGCUCGCGGAAGCUCAAGUCAGUUUGAGUUCGCAGUCAGUGAGGCGAUGCAGGACCUGUGGCUAGCCUUCAUUGAGGACCCUGUGAAUGGGUUGCCAAAGAAUGGGUGGAACGCGACACCGCUUGGAGGGCUGAACACGACUCAGACGGGGAUCGACAUUGGGUACAAUGGCACUGUGGUGCAGCAGUUUUCGUGGGUUUCGUGGCAAACUGCAUGCAAGAACAGCACUGCUGUAUAG